AUGCUGGUUGAUGUCUGCAACGGGUCCCUGGAAACCCUUGUGAAAACUUCUCAUCAUGUCUUGACAACAACAGGCUCAAGCACCUAUCUAGGGGAAUCUGCUUGUUGUUCCAUUGUUGAAAGAGAAGGUGGAAAGAAUGGAGACCUGAAAGCGGAAGAGGAUUCGUUUGAGAGCAACGGAUGGAUGAAGCAGGUUUCGUCGACAUUGGCAGUGCCAAGUAACAAGAAGUUUGUGCUGGACGUUACUGGAAGGGUGACAUUCGAGAUGGUGAGAUCGAUUGUGGAGGUUUUGUUGUGGAAGUUGUUGAAGAGAGGUGCUGAUGUGGUUCAUGAUGGGGUAGUAGAAAGAGGGCUUCAGGUUGUUCGAUAUGUUGGUUCUAAGUCUUCUGUUAUUGUUACCAUUUGCCUGACAUUGUAUUUACAUGUUGUGGGAGGCGCCAGGGUGAUGUUGCCUGCUUGA